AUGUAUGGCCUGAUGCGGGAGGAGGAAGUCGCCAUUGGGCCACGACAGCUCCAUCCUAAUGUUGCCUCUAUGACACUUUCAAUCCGCUGGGCUCAGGGCCGCUCCCAUCCAUUGUUCAUUGUGCGCGGAGCAAGCGUUUACUGCACACAGAAUCAGGCUCUGCCAUGCACUGCACUCGAUUCCAACCCCCACCCCCUCCCAAAAAAAACAGAGCCAAUCACGGUGCGAAGAAUUAAUGGCCAAUCAGACGGCUCCGCGCGCGCCGGUGAAUCAGACAUGCAUCGUGAGGUCAAUAGGACUUGCUGCUGGUGUCGCGUGCGCGACGACCUUACACGCUGUUUCCUCCUCCUGCCACCACACUGUUCAUCACCAUCACAUUCACCGCAGGUUGGUACUCUGAGGACCGUUCAUCUGGCCCUUUCAACAUGCACGCGAACCUCAGCUCCGCCCGGAAUGGACGAGGCCAACACUGUGGAGACUUCAACCAUGCCAGCACCUCUAGCCUCAGGCGAGUCAAUUAAUCUGCUGUCCAGCCUCAUGGAGUCGAAUGGCCGAUUUAGUGCCGUUGAGUAUUCAAGCCUAUCAGACGCAUUUGAGGAUCUUAAUUUAAGACAAGAUCCCGUGAGUCAGGUCAGUCUUGGUAUCUCCACGCAGAACGGCUCGAGUCCCAGUAUCUCCGUGGUUACUGGCCUUCCAGGUAGCCUUGAAGGAAGCACGCCCAUGCGCGAGAGCCAUGCCAGCUUUCCCACAGUGAUUUACGACUCCUCGGAGGAAGAUUCCAAGGAACUCGAUGAGUUUGGACCAGCUGGUAUGCUUGUCUCGGGCACUGUGCUGGAUACAGUUGCAUCGUCGUCAACCCAUCCUAACGAUAUUCACACAACCUACGUUGCUGAACUGCCCUCUUCUUCUUCCUCUCCCUCCCUGUCCUAUGAACAUGAAUCGGAGAAGUGGAGAUCCCUGUAUCAGGAUAACACGCCAGAUACGGCAGCGGAUGUGCCAGAUGGUGUUGCAGGAACCAGUCGUGUCUCGGCACCCUCGGAACCCCUUCUCACUCCACAAGACAGAGGUGACCUUGUAACCAGACCAUCAGCCGGUGCGGCUGGAGAUUCUGCUCGGUUGAGAAAGACGACAACAAGAACACGCCGAGUCAGAACGCGUUCGCACAUACCCGGUCCCUCUGUGGAUCUACGUUCUGGAGACGAUGACUUCACAGCGGACAGCUUUGUGCUUGUACGAGCUGCGACCGUGUCUCGUGAGUUCAGUUGUCUGUUUUCAAACCUUAACGCCUACACAUGUGUCAGGAAACACUGCACCGCCGUAGAGUCUGUUCCAGCUGAUGUGUUACAGUGUAGCAUUGAUCAAGUCGCCCAACUGCGUCGUCUCACUGAUGUGCAACACCAAUUUGAUCGACUCUGUAGGGAGCAGACCUCUUCCUCCUCAUCCUCCUCCGACUUCAAGUCCACCGUCUUCAUCAUCAAGUCGGCUAAUCAACCAGCCAAAGGGGACACUAGCCGUCGCCACCAGCCUCCGCAAGCCCCUACCAGGCAUGAGGUGCGGAAACUGUCUGUGGCACCGACCUCGCACGCCGGUAAACUUGCCAGACUGAGUGGACGUUUCAAGGUCUGGCAGACAUUUUGGUGUGUUUUGGUGAAUAAAAGCCUGCUCUUCUACAGGGAUGAGUCUGAGGUGGAGCACUGGCCGAGAAAGUGUAUCGACUUCACGGAGUUGGUUAUCAGCGGUUGGUUACACCGCUACCGACGGGGACAAUCGCAUCGGGUUUGGUGUAUGCUAAUGGGCACCUUUCUUGUCUACUCUCGUGAACCGAGAGGCAUAGCACUGACGGGUUAUAGGGACCUAAGUCUCACGUACCUACGUUGCCCCUUCAAAGAAAUGACCGCCUCCGCGCCUACUGUUGUCCACGGAGACGCGUCCACAAGCUUUCCGCAUCCGGCUGAUAGCAGCCAACCACGGUCAGCCUAUCCUGACUACGAGUCCUCCGAUUCUGAAUCGGACACAGGUAUUGAGACCGAUGAGGUGAACAGCAAAACUCUGGCGCUCUGGGCGCCGAAUCGUGAUCCCGUCUACCUGGUCUGCAACACUGACACAGAAUUCGAACAGUGGCGAUACCAUCUCACAAGGGCCUGUUGGUUCUCAUCAACUUUCGCACAGCCCUACCUCGAGAAAGAACCCGAGGCACGCUUUCUGCAGCUCUGGGGCCAGUUAGUUCAUCCAGCCUACGUCCAACGGAGAUGGCACACAGCGGAGCCAAUCACUGUGCCGCUGUCGCGCGUCUUUUCGGAGCCCCUCCUCGAGAGAUCGGCCGCC